AUGUUUUGGUGGCCGAACAUCGAUGCGGAAAUCGAACUCGUUGUGAAGAAAUGCAAUUCAUGUCAGCAAAAUCGCAACGCGCAAGCCCAAACAACAACGCACCACUGGGAAUCUUCAAAACGCCCAUGGUCCCGCCUGCACGUGGAUUUCGCUGCUGCUUUUCGAGGCAAAUUAUUGUUCAUACUCAACGACUUCUAUUCUAAGUGGCUUGAGGGGGCCGUCAUUAAUUCAACUUCUUCUGCGGCCGCUAUUAAGGUGUUACGCCAAAUAUUCGCCACGAAUGGACUACCUGAUGAGCUCGUAUCGGACAACGAAGCAGCUUUCACAUCUGAGGAGUUCAAGAGUUUUAUGGAAACAAUCUAA